CCUUUGUCCACCAGGUUGGGGGGCACUCGUGUGUUCUCCGAUUCAACGAGACAACCCUGUGCAAGCCCCUGGUUCCUAGGGAGCAUCAGUUCUACGAGACCCUCCCAGCUGAGAUGCGCAAAUUCACUCCUCAGUACAAAGGUAUCUCCUGCUCAAGGUAACCCAUAGUCCCCAUGUGAGGACAAUUCUGGAAGACUUUAGGAGGAUUUUACCCAGAAUUCUUGCUGCCUGCUUUUUGUCCUCCAGGAAACCAGAAGCCCUGGUGAUUAGGUAGGCUGGGAGCAGGGUUGAGUCAGAUGGAAUGCAGGAGUGGGAGGAUUGUGCUGAUUAGCUCGAGUCCUUUGCUAUUACGGAAUGUCCCCAGAAUUGCUGUAUGAAGGCAACCCUUUGAUUCACAUGUAGUGACUUUUUCUUCUCUUUUUAUAAUGAUGUACUUCAAGGGAACGUCAGUCACCAGUCAUGGUUUGUUCUUUCCUGGGGAGGAGGGGGAGCCUUUUAUAAAUCAGAAGAGAACUUAUUAAGAAAUAAUUUUAAAUAUGUAUUACCAGAUAUAAAAAAGGCUAGAACAAUUUAGAUUCUCCUGUUCUUUAAAGACAGGAUGGACUGGGUUUCCUUUCUACUUGGAAAUGCAUGUGGCGGGACUGGGGGUGUUGGGGACCCUCACUUGGUCCUUUUCUGUUAUUUUUUUCAGGACAAAGCCAAAGUUCCCUUGUUAGCUGGCCACCCCUGCCCCGUUUUUAUCCCCUUGGUCCUUCCUUAUGCCCACAGGGAAGUGUGGUCCCCUGAUACCCCCCUCGGCUCCUCUGCGCCCAGAGCUGGGGGCCACCUCAGAAGUGUCGUCUCUCUCUGAGCAUGCAUUUUCCCUGCAGCAAGCAAGCGGGCGGGCAGCAAGGACUGAGCAGAUUGAGUGAUCGUGGGGCAGAGAGGCCUAGAGGAAAGGUGUUCAGCCAGUCGGCUGUAAGGCGCUCGUCGGCACCGCUGAAAUGCUCCCACCUGGCAGCCCCUUCCUCAGAGACUGUCUAAUUACACAUGGCAGGUCCUAGAGACUCGGAAGGGAGAGCUGCUUUCAAGGCUACCAUGUGUCUGUGUUCCUGCCCCCUCAUCUGCUGGUGUUCAUUUUGUUCUUUUGUGACACAAAUGACAAAAACCAAUAAAAGCAUAACUGAGGACAGAAGGCUUGGCUCGCCACCCUUGCAGGGUGCUAGAGAAGCCUUGGCCAGGGUGUCUGUGUUGUGUGGUUUGUUUGCUGCUCUCCUUUGCUUUGCUCACCCAGUCGUCCCUCCCCUUCAGCGCAUUCCCCUGCACUCGGGCUCUGCUUUAAAGCAAGCCUCCAGGCCGUCGGAGUUUCUGUGGAGGACAUACAUUUCUUAUGAGAUACAUAGAGUGAUGUUUUCGUGUCUCUCUCAGGAUUAGAAGAGUUACAUAAAAAAUAAUAAACAUUUUUAAUGAUGGAAAAUGUGUCUUGUAAUUCUUUGGCCCUUGCCUUCCCUUGUUGAGUGCACUAGAGAGGAAGUCUCUCGGCCAUGUUUGCUCCCUAAUUGCUUGUCUGUGUGGUGUCACUUUUUUCUAGCUGUUUUGAUAUUUGUUAGGUUUGCAGAUGAGUUUGGGGCCUCUGGCAACAUAGAGACUAAGGAACAGGGUGUGGUGUCAGUGCGCUUUGAAGAAGAUGAAGACAGAAACUUGUGUUUAAUAGCAUAUCCACUAAAGGGGGACCAUGGAGCUGUGGACAUUGUAGACAAUUCAGACUGUGAACCAAAAAGUAAGCUGCUAAGAUGGACAAACAAAAAGCAUCAUGUCCUAGAAACAGAAAAGAGUCCCAAGGAAUGGGUGCGCCAGCACCGGAAAGAGGAGAAGAUGAAGAGUCAUAAGUUAGAAGAAGAAUUUGAGUUGCUAAAGAAAUCUGAAGUCUUAUACUACAGUGUAGAAAAAAAAGGAAAUAUAAGUUCCCAGCUUAAACACUAUAACCCUUGGAGCAUGAAAUGUCAUCAACAACAGUUACAGAGGAUGAAGGAGAACGCGAAGCAUCGGAACCAGUACAAAUUUAUCUUACUGGAGAACCUAACUUCCCGCUAUGAGGUGCCUUGUGUCCUGGACCUCAAGAUGGGCACACGUCAGCAUGGCGACGAUGCUUCGGAGGAGAAAGCCGCCAACCAAAUUCGAAAAUGUCAGCAAAGCACAUCUGCAGUCAUCGGUGUGCGUGUGUGUGGCAUGCAGGUAUACCAGGCAGGCACUGGGCAGCUCAUGUUCAUGAACAAAUACCAUGGGAGGAAGCUUUCCGUGCAGGGUUUCAAGGAGGCACUUUUCCAGUUCUUCCACAAUGGGCGGUACCUGCGCCGGGAACUUCUAGGCCCUGUGCUCAAGAAGCUAACCGAGCUCAAGGCUGUGUUGGAGCGACAGGAAUCCUACCGCUUCUAUUCAAGUUCCCUACUCGUCAUUUAUGAUGGCAAAGAGUGGCCAGAAGUGACCCUGGACUCAGAUGCUGAGGACUUGGAAGACCUCUCUGAAGAGUCGGCUGACGAGUCUGCUGGUGCCUAUGCCUACAAACCCAUUGGUGCCAGUUCAGUGGACGUGCGCAUGAUCGACUUUGCACACACCACCUGCAGGCUGUACGGCGAGGACAGUGUGGUACACGAGGGCCAGGAUGCUGGCUAUAUCUUUGGGCUCCAGAGCCUGAUAGACAUUGUUACAGAGAUAAGUGAGGAAAGUGGGGAGUGAGCUUGCUGGCUAUUUCAGUACCUGAGAGACUCUCUGUGUCCCCUACAGCUGUGCUGUCGGGGAGGCCAGUAUGGCCAGGUGGUGGCCUCUGCAGCCUGGAGCUGAUAGACAGUGGCCUCUGUGAACCCCAGCCUGAGCCAGCCCCAGCCGUGCUCAGAGUCUUUAUUUAUUUUAACUAUUUCUUCCACAUUCCACAUUUGAUGAUGCAGAUACCUCUCUUCCCUGAGUGUAAAUGUUCUAAUACAGAUCUUUUUGUUUAUUGUA